AUGAAUAAACCAUUACGAAAAACCCACCCUUUAAUCAAAAUUAUUAACAACUCACUAAUUGACCUGCCAACUCCUUCCAACAUUUCAGCUUGAUGAAACUUUGGCUCAAUUCUUGGUAUAUGCUUAUCAAUUCAAAUUAUUACUGGAUUAUUUCUAGCUAUACACUACACUGCAAAUAUUGAUUUAGCUUUUUCAAGUAUUAUCCAUAUUUGUCGUGACGUAAAUUAUGGAUGAUUACUACGAACGCUACAUGCAAAUGGAGCGUCUAUAUUCUUCAUCGCUCUGUAUUGCCACGCAGGACGUGGAAUAUAUUACGGAUCCUAUACUCUUCAUAUAACUUGAUCAGUAGGUGUAGUAAUUAUAUUUAUACUAAUAGCAACUGCCUUCCUAGGCUACGUUCUCCCUUGAGGACAAAUAUCAUUCUGAGGAGCAACAGUUAUUACUAACCUAUUGUCGGCAAUUCCUUAUUUAGGAACUAGAAUUGUACAAUGACUUUGAGGAGGAUUCGCUGUUGACAAUGCAACACUAACUCGAUUCUUUACUCUACAUUUCAUUCUACCCUUCGUAGUAUUAGCUUUAGUAAUUAUUCACCUCCUAUUUCUUCACCAAACAGGAUCUAAUAAUCCUUUAGGAUUAAACAGAAACGUAGAUAAACUACCAUUCCACCCUUAUUAUUCUCUCAAAGAUUUAGUAGGAUUUAUCCUAACAGUCAUAGCUCUCACAAUAAUUACCUUGUCCGCACCAUACUUAUUAGGAGACCCAGAAAAUUUCACUCCAGCUAACCCCUUAGUAACCCCAGUACAUAUUCAACCAGAAUGAUAUUUUCUAUUUGCAUACGCAAUCCUUCGAUCAAUCCCUAAUAAACUAGGGGGAGUGCUAGCUCUAGUUUUAUCAAUCGCAAUUCUAUUAAUCUUACCAUUCACUAAUAAAAUAAAAAUAAUAUCAAAUCAAUUUUAUCCACCUAAUAAGAUCUUAUUUUGAGCAUUUCUUGCUAACACUAUCCUAUUAACUUGAAUCGGAGCUCGACCCGUCGAAGACCCCUACAUUAUCACCGGACAGAUUUUAACAAUCACAUAUUUUAUAUACUUCCUUAUUAACCCUUUAGUAGCUAAAAUAUGAGAAACCUUAAUUUACACUAAAAAUAAUU